AUGCCAGGUGCAGCACAGGAUAUUCAAAGCCUGCAUGGCACUCACCCAAUACCCCCGGCGCCGGCAAGCCCGUUACCCAAUACCACCACAGCUAACAACUUUCUCACGGACUCGAUAGCAGACCCUUUGCUUCUUGACCCAGUCCAAGAUUUCACGGAUUUUGUAGACACUAUGGGCCUCAGUUCAGACUGGAACAUGUUUGCCAUACCGCACAUCGAGAACAGUCAACAACUCACCCCGUUAACAAUUGACGAAUCAUCCCUGCCUUCGCUGGAAGCUACCAGUCUAGAGAUUCAACGGCAGGGUCGACAAUUGUCCAGAGCACACGAACAGCCGACAAUCUCGCCAUCUCCCCGGGAAACCGACGAUAGCUUUGGAGUAGACGAAGAGGAACCAACCGCCUAUAUCAACUUCGGGCACCCUCUUCAUCAGUGCAAUGUAACUCAGUCUCAGUAUGCGGCACUACUCCAGAAUAUCGAACAGUUCCAUGCGGUGAUUCCGGACUUUGUGUUACCCUCCCGUCAUGCGCUUACCAGAUUCAUUUCGGGAUAUUUUGAUGGUUUUCACAACCAUCUGCCUUUUAUACAUCUACCUACCUUCUGUCUCCGCGAGUGUGCCCCCGAAUUCAUCCUGGCAAUUGCUGCUGUUGGGGCCCAAUAUAGGUUUGAAAGUCAUAUAGGACUGUCCCUUUUUGAUGCUGCGAAAGCCGUAUCCAUGGAGCAAGCACGUCGUCGAACCCAGAGGUAUUCCGAAGAAGUGGUUGGCUUGCGGGUGGCAAAACAGAUGGAUUCCAGGCCUCCGUAUAGCCUCAGUGAAAAGGGGAAGUGGAGCCGUUUGCAGACCGUCCGGGCCCUUUUGCUCCUGAUCGUCUUCGCAACCUGGGAUGAUGAUCCUGAAUUACUACGCGAAGCUAUAGGUUUUCAGACAGUUCUCGCGGGAUGUCUACGGGAGAGCACUUUCAAUGAGCACAUAGAUAUUGCUAGCGUCGAAGACUGGCAUGAAUGGGUUCGAAUGGAAGGAGACCGACGGAUUAAACUUGUGGUUUUCUGCUAUCUGACUUUGCAGGCGAUCAUCUACAACAUCCCACCCGCCAUUCUGAAUGACGAGAUUCACCUACGGUUACCCUGCUCUUCCAUCCAGUGGAACGCGAAAUCCGCCGGUGAGUGGUCCCAAGCCCGGCGCUCGAGCGGGGACUGUCAGCCACUUUUUCAAGACGCCUUAGCAACUCUAUUGAUGAAAUGCCAAUCCCCUGCCUCCCAGACGUACUUCGCGUCACCUCUGGGCAACUUCGUUCUCAUCCACGCCCUUUUGCAGCGAUUAUUCAUGAUUCAGCAGCUGGCUGCAGCGGCGGAUCCCGCUUGCGUCGAUAGCCUACGGGGUCAGUUAGAAUGUGCCCUUCAUCGGUGGAAGCUCGGCUGGCAGCGCGCUCCAGAAUCCAGCUUGGACCCCCACAACCCCAGUGGCCCUAUCCCUUUCACGUCUACAGGAUUCCUGGCUUUGGCGUACGUCCGUUUGGUCUGCGAUCUGGGCCCCCACCGAGCGCUGAACACGCGUGAUCCCACUCGCAUUGCGGCUGCUCUUGCUCAACUGCCCCCUGUAGAUCGCAGCCCUCGCCUGAUCCCGGCACUCCUACAUUCAGCCCAUGCUUUUAGCAUACCGGUUAAGCUGGGUGUUGACUUUGUCGCCAAAAGUCAGCACUUUUUCUGGAGUGUCCAGCAAUGUGUCUGCAAUUUGGAAUGUGCUGUGUUCCUCAGUCGAUGGCUACAUCAAAUAGGACAGUCCAAGGACUCGUAUCCAUUAAGUGAGAGCGAACAGCGUCUUCUACUGUGGACUAGUCGCAUUGUGGCUGAGGCACCUGUACACCCCUAUCAAGGUCAAGUAGCAGCCCGCCUCACGAAUCCAGGCACAGAACUUGAUACCUUCCAAUUAGGUUUACGUGUUAUUCAGAUUUGGGCACAAAUAUUCAAAGGAAAUACGAGCUGGAGGUUAGUAAACAUUCUCGGGGAGAGUUUGGAGAUGCUAGCGUUGAUGAUGCAGAAUGGAUCCUUGUGGACCCAUGCAUCAGGAAUCGCCUCUGGCGACUUCACUCAAGGGAGAGGGUCUUGA